AUGGCCGCGGCAAAGGUCAUGAUGUCCAUGAGACAAUGGGCUCACAUGGAGGCCCUGCCUUGGCAACUGGUGACCCUGGUGGAAUCCGGAAAUGGGGUAGCUAACUUGGGCGAGCGCAACAUCUUAGAGUUCGUCGCAAUGGCGACCAAGGAAGAUUUGGACGCCAACGCCGAAUUCAUCCGUUUGGCAGAUCAACAUGUGGAAGUCCCAGGAGAUGAGUUGCUGCAUCGCACCUCCCUGCGACGUUUUCUGCUGGCGAUGCAGCGGCAUCCACAGGACUUUGAACAGCUGUUCGAACAUCUGCGAAGAGAGAGAUUCGACGACGUGGACGACAUGGAAGGGCCCAGGCAUUUGCAAUUGGAGAUUCAGUCCCUGAUGCAGACCUUCCUGUGGUUCAAACGUCCGCCGAUCCGUGACGCACAAAGUCCGCGCACCGGGUCUACAAGGUGUAUCAUUUCCUUGUGA